AGCAUGGGACCGCUUUGACUAUAAGCUGGAUUUUUUAACAGUAUCCCGACUGCUUUAUCAUGAUGGCUUCUCAACUGCAAGGCCGUAAUAAGACGGAAGACCAACUAUUUUUAUUCGACUGUUUGGAUGCUGCGAAUGAUUUUAUCAAAUGCCAUGAAAUUGAAACUAAUACACGUUUUGUUAUUGGACAAGUUACGAAAAAUUUUGGUAAAUCAGGUGUUAAUCCAUCAAUUCGAAAGGUAACCUGGUUCUGUGGGCCGCAACCUUACAUGUACGUGAUCCUUGGACGUAAGCUCCUGAGGUGCCAACACGGGCCCGACAAAAACAAGAAGCAAAAAUUUGAAAAAGCCAAGACCCGUGAGGACCUGCGCAAUGUGGAGUGUGUGGAAAACGAUGUUUUUGAUUCUGAGAAAGCUACAGAAUCACUGCCAUGUUCAAAUGUCGACACGGGUGCAGAGACAGUCAACCACAAAGGAUUGAAACGAAAGGCUGCAGGACUGGGUCACCUUGACAUUAGCAGUUCCCAGCAGGUUGGCUUAUCGCAGUCCAGCAUUCCAGGUGUGGUUGCUUCUGAGUCAGCCCCCCCUGGCAUCCUUGUGCACAUGAAUCCACUGAUGGACGACUCACAGUCCAACAUAGAGAGUGAAAAUGAGAGCACCAGAGGGAAUGAGAUACGUCGUAAAACCCGUGGUAAGCGUCGCAAAACUGUGGACAAAUCUCCGACUUUGAUCAUCAUGAGCUUCGAAGAAGAUGAAUUGGAAUGUCAGCUAGACCUCCCAAACAAGAAUUCUGUCUCAUUCAAGUUUGCUUUAGAAAUUGACAAGCCAGAGGAAAUUGCAGAUAGGUUGGUUUCUGAGGACUUGCUGAUGGAGAUCCAGGCUAGCUGUGUGAUCCUGCUGCUGCAGAAGGCCGUCUCCAUGGUGCGUGCUGACCCCCGGGCAGCCAAUGGUGUGACCCUGGCCAUGGUGGACACACCCACCAGCAGCCCAACACUCCCCUGCAGGGAGGUCAGGCUGACAAAGGGCAAGAAGGUGGCCACCAAGGCGAAGAAAAAAAGCACUGAGCCACAUACAUAUGCAAAAAAGAAAACAAGGAAUAGAGUGAAACCCUCCAAAAAAAAGGACUGUCCUGCUGCCAUAUAUCUUAAGGAAGUGUUGAUAUUCUACCCUGAAGAGGGCACAACAAGUGAGCUGGACAAAAAAAUGGCUGCUGCCAGUGUGAGGAGUGACAUGAGCAAAGGCAUCAAGAAGAUUAUGGUGGUGUUUCCAAACAUCAAACACGAAAACCAUCCAAUAAAAGAGACAAUGAACAGUGUCAACUCCAAGUGUAGAGCUUAUCAGUGUAAAUACUGCACACACAUCGACCGCAAGAGCAGGAUAGAGGGGCACAUCCUGAAGGAGCAUGUGCCAAUGGACAGAGCUCCUUAUUACUGUACGUUAUGUGAGUUCAGAUGCCAGAACAAGAGUGCUCUGCUGAAGCACAUCACCCAGUACUCUCGGCACGUGUCAGAGGAGCAGAGGUUGGGAAAGCCUGACUAUACACAAGUUCUUAGAAGGGCAAAGCAUCCAUUCUAUGUAACAGAGGCAGAUAUGGUGGCCUUGUCAGCUGAAGAGAGUGGCGUCUGGUUCAACAGGAACAAGUCGCAGUUUGAGGACCUAGAGGAAGAUGAAGAUGAGACUGUCUUCAAAGCAGACGGCUCUAUGGUGCCUCUGUGGCUAGUCAAGCCGAUGCCAGCGCCGACAAACCUACCUAAGCCAAUCCUCCACAUCCCAGAAACACCCCGCAACAAAAAAGAGAGGUCUAGCCAGAUCUUCACGGCUGAACAGGCUUGCGGCAUUCUUGCAUCUCCCCAAGUGUCAGCGCCAUUGGACACAGUGGCAGUUCCUGAAACCUGGCUCUCAGCAGAUUUCGGACAGGGAGUAGAUGACACACCAACAACAUGUCUGCAAACUACUGUGGAUACGCUGGCAUACGCCCUAAUGACGUCAUCUGAAAUAGCAGUGGAUAACACUUUCCAGCCAGUGCUUGCAUCAACUGGACCAGGAAUGAGGUGCAAAUCAACUCACACACCUGUGCAGGAUGAGGGAGAUCCAGAAAAUCAGUUUAUGGACUUUUUAGGAGACGGGGACGUCACACCAGUGACCCCUCGUGCUUUAAAAAGGCCUAUAAAAACGCCUUCAGGCCUAGUUCCACAAAAAGUCCAGCAAAUUGUGUCAUUAACAAAACAGAGUUGUCCUACAUCAGUGAACGCUUGCCAGUGUAGCACAGCAAAUGUAUUGAAAUCCUUGUAUAGUGCUAUGGAUGAACAGAUGAAGGUCAGUUUGGCUACACAGAGGUCCGUAGCAAAGGUGGCAGAGGAGGUAGCCAAGAUCUCGAAGCAGCUUGUCAGUAUCCAGGAAGCAAUGGCCAAGGAGAGAAGGUCACCAUUGAAAAAUAAACAAUGACAUUAAUGCUGAAAUAAAUUGUGAAUUUUG